UAUUUGGGGAAAAAACACAAUAUAAUGGCUACUGCACUCUGCAGCAGAGCCAGGCUAGUCACCUACCUCCCCGGGUUCUGCUCCCUCAUGAGAAGGGUGAGAGGAACCCGUACUUUUUCUACUGCAGGAUCCUCAGGCUCUGAUGAACCUUAUGUAGCUGCUACACCACCUGACAUACUUCCCAGAACAGUAUGGCCGGACGAGGUUAUGGGGCCUUUUGGUCCCCAGGAUCAGCGCUUUCAACUCCCUGGUAAUGUUGGAUUUGAUGCUCAUGUAAAUGGAAUGAACGCACAGAGGAUAGCCCAAGUUCCAAAAAACCUACCUGACCUCCUAUCUGAGCCAGCUGCUAGUGAAAGACACGAGUUUGUCAUGGAACCUCUUACCUAUUUUCAGGGAAGUGAAAUUUCUCUGCAGCAGCAAGACGUAUGCAGCGCGGAAACCUACUUUGAGAAUGCAAAAGUAGAGUGUGCCAUGCAGAGAUGCCCGGAACUUCUGAAAAGAGAUGUUGUAUCCAUGUUUCCUGAGGUGCCCGAUAACAGCGUAAUAGUACUAACUGUGACACAGAAAACUGUGAAUGAUAUGACCAUGUGGAGUGAAGAGGUGGAGAGCGAGAGGGAAGUGAUGUUGGAGAAGUUCAUUAAUGGUGCCAAGGAAAUUUGCUAUGCCCUCAGGUUAGAAGGCUACUGGGCCGACUUCAUAGACCCAUCUUCAGGACUGGCAUUUUUUGGUCCGUACACAAAUAACAGUCUCUUCGAAACGGAUGAACGUUAUCGGCACCUUGGAUUCCGGGUGGAGGAUCUCGGCUGCUGUAAAGUCAUUCGCCAUAACGUCUGGGGAACGCACGUUGUGGUUGGAAGUAUUUUCACAAAUGCUCCUCAGGACAGCACCAUCAUGAGGAAGUUGGGGGAACACUAGCAGCCAUUGUGGAAGUUCUCCGUCAUGUCAUUGCCUCUACUGAUUGGUUAUCUUCUUGGCUGGUGAUGAUGGAAGCCUUAAUUUGGACAAAAAACUGUGCAAUUCUAUUUAAAUAAUGUAACUUUUAUUUAUGAGAAGGACCAUCGAUGAAAUAACCCGUGCAAAUGAUGUAACGGGUGACAGUUCACUUUAUAACACUGUAAAAUCCUUCACGAUAUCCAUUGUGAAGAGUUUUAGGGAAUUCAGAUGGUC